UCUCCAUUCAAACCCCCUCCUCCUCCUCCUCCUCUUCUUCUUCUCAUCAAUUCCAAUCUUUAUCAACUGAAAAAAUAAAAAACUAAAUUAUGUCACUCACAAUUCCUUCAAACCUUUUUAAGCCCAUUUCUUUACCGAAACUGGGCACAAAACAAAGGGCUGCAGCCAUUAUUUGUCAAGCUAAUUCUCCUAACCAGAUCACAUCAUCUGGUUCAAGUUCAGAGCAAUCGCUUAAGGCAUUUUCUGCUGCAAUUGCGCUAUCCUCGAUUCUGUUAUCUGCACCAGUGCUUCCAGCAUCAGCUGACAUAGCAGGAUUGACGCCAUGCAAGGAGUCGAAGCAGUUUGCCAAGCGUGAGAAACAGGAGCUAAAGAAGCUCGAGUCUUCCUUGAAGCUUUAUGCUCCUGACAGUGCUCCUGCUCUUGCCAUCAAGGCCACUAUGGAGAAGACAAAGCGCAGGUUUGAGAACUAUGGCAAGCAAGGCCUGCUGUGUGGAUCAGAUGGUUUGCCUCACUUGAUCGUGAGCGGGGACCAGAGGCACUGGGGUGAAUUCAUAACUCCAGGGAUUCUGUUCUUAUACAUUGCCGGAUGGAUUGGGUGGGUUGGUAGAAGCUACUUGAUUGCUAUCAGGGAUGACAAGAAACCGACCCAGAAGGAGAUCAUCAUCGAUGUUCCAUUGGCCAACAGGCUUAUCUGGAGAGGCUUCAUCUGGCCUGUGGCUGCCUACAGAGAGUACUUGAAUGGGGAACUCAUCGACCCAAAUGUCUAAUUAUAAAUUUUCAGGAAUCAGACUGGAAGGACAGAAGGAGAUGGGACAAAGGGCUUUAGUUUGGGCAAUCUUAUGGAGAAGAGAAAUGGACAAAUUCUUGUAUCUAAUAUCUGUGUACUUUUUCUACUUGUAUGAAUGUUUUUAUUUGAAUCUGGAAACCAAUGAGAAGCCCUUUCAUGUUUA